AUGGCCAAGUCCAAGAACCCCACCACACACAACCAGUCCCACAAAUGGCACAGAAAUGGCAUCAAGAAACUCCGGUCACAAAGAUACGGAUCUCUUAAGGGGGUCGACCCCAAGUUUCUGAGGAAUAUGUGCUUUGCCAAGAAGCACAACAAGAAAGACCUGAAGGAGAUGCAGGCCAGCAAUGCCAAGGCAGUGAGUGCACGAGCAGAGGCCAUCAAGGCCCUCGUGAAGCGUCAGACCAUCAAGCCCAAGGUGCCAAAGGCCCCCAGCCGCAAACUCAGCCGUCUGGCUUUCACCGCUCACCCCAAACUUGGGAAGAAGAUUCGAAGUUACAUGGCCAAGGGUCGUAGGCUCUGCCAACCAAAGCCCAAGGCUCAAACCAAGGCAGAGGCCAAAGCUCCAGCCCAGGCUCCCAGGGGUGCCCAGGCCCCUGUGAAGGCCCCAUAG